AUGCCUCCGUACCAGUUGCUUUUAGCAGAAGCACUCGUCGGGGCGGCAGCAAUUAGUAGCCUCGCGCUCUUUUUUGCGCACUCUCAACAGCGGAAGAUACGCUUACCGACUACCCAAGAUGCUAGUUUGGUUGGCGAUGUGAACCAAGAUGAUCCCUUUAAUGUGACCAAACCGGAAGAUUUUAUCGACGGAGAACCAAUCGACGAAGAUGCGUUUUGGUUCAAAAUGCGCAACAGGAAAUUACUCCUUGUAUUGCUUUCAGCCGCCAUUCUUGUUCUCGAGGGCGUUUCCCUGGGUUGGUCGGCCUACCCAGAUGCUCGGAAUGUGCUUACAGAACACAUAUUUCGGACCACAUUUGGACUCUACGUUGGCCUUCUAGUUCUUCGUUCCGUUGGCCAAUCCACCACGGAUAGUCAUUCCGAGUCGGUGAUACAUAUCACUACCUUGACCUUCUUCUCCUCGGUCCUUCACUUUGGCGUGGCAAUCCUUCCUUCAUCUGAUUCUAUCUCGUCCCAAGAUUUUCCUGCUUUACUCGCUUUCUGGUAUAGCAUGACCGCAUUGUAUACCUUGACUUUUGCAAUAAUUGCGACAACACCUUGUGGACCACCGUUACACUUUUUUCCUUCACUCAUCUACUCCAAAAAAACUAUCGAUGACACAACCAAUAAAUCAUACGACAACGUCUGCGGCCUUCCGGGCACAUCUGUAAUCGAUUAUCUCUUUUUCCGUUACGUGACACGCGUCAUUCACCUUGGAACUUCCGUUUCGGUCGAAAUUGGCGACUUGCCAAUCCUUCCGGCUAAGAUGCGAGCCACUUAUCAGUUCUUUAGGAUGCGCACGAAUCUUCGUGCAAAUCCUCUCAAGCCAGGAUGGGACCUCGCUUGGCGCCUCAUAAGUGUCAACAAGCUUGCAUUUACUGCAGAGAUAAUCCUGGCCGUUGCAGCUGCUCCAAUGUGGUUUGGGUCCCCGUUCUUCGUUCGCAAGCUCAUCGCAUACCUGGAAGAUGAUCCUGACCGCCUCAAUAAAGGAUGGGGAUGGGUAUACGCUUUGGGGCAGUUUGCAUCCCUUAUUAUCGUCACGCAACUCAACUCCCAAAUGUGGUACUUCGCAACUUCCGUUAUCCAAAUGCGUUUGCGGACGCAGCUCAAUACCAUCCUUUUCGCAAAAACACUUGUUCGGAAGGAUGUUGUAUCUUCUGGCACCUCCACGUCCAAUGAGAAAGAUGAUGCAAAAUCGACAACUACGAACGGAGAAAACAAAGAGAAGGGCGAGGAAGAGAACGAAUUUUCGAGUAAAUCCCAGGUCAUGACUUUGAUGACCACUGAUGUUGAUCGGGUCGCCGAGUUUUCUUAUCAUCUUUUCGCCAUUGCAGAUUCUCCGGUCGAAAUUGUUGUAGGGACGAUGUUGCUCUACAGCAUGCUUGGCGUCUCGUGCUUUAUUGGUCUUGCGGUCAUUUGCCUCUUUUUGCCAUUGAAUCACCUAGCAGGAAAAGUAGUGAUCAGUACACAGGACAACUUGAUGAAAGCCAGGGACGAACGGGUCUCACUCAUGAACGAGAUACUGGGUGGCAUACGCAUGCUGAAGUUCAUGGCAUGGGAACGCAGCUUCGAAAAGCGCGUGAUGAAGGUUCGCGAGAGAGAACUGAAAUACCAAAAGUUGAACUACAAGAUUGAGGUCGUGUUCGCUGCUCUCUGGGAAGCAUCUCCUCUCAUUGUCACCCUGGUUUCUUUCUGGCACUUCGCAGUCUGGCGUCAACAGGCAUUGACUCCCUCUAUUGCCUUCACAUCUUCUGGCGUAGUUUUCAACGAAAUGCGUUUUGCGAUGAAUGCACUCCCAGAAACUUUCAUUAAUCUGCUUCAGGUCCAUGUUUCACUCAUGCGGAUCGGGAAGUACCUCCAACUAACCGAGGUAGCACCUGUACCUCCGCUCUCGGCUGCACCAGCCAUUAACACCAUCGCUAUUCAAUCUGCUACCAUCACAUGGCCUCAUGAUCGUUCUGCGGAUUCGUCGGCAGCUUCCACGCCCCGGCAUAAAUUUAUGCUCGUUGAUCUUGCUUUGAAAUUCCCUGAAGGACAACUUUCACUCGUUUGUGGUAAGCUGGGCAGCGGAAAGACCCUGUUGUUAUUAGCUUUACUUGGCGAGGCGGACGUCCUCACCGGUCAGGUCAUUUGUCCGCGUUCACCACCAGACGCGCUUGCUUCCUUCGCCGAUCAGAAGGUCACACAGGAAGAGUGGAUAGUGCCCGGCGUUUGCGCCUACGUACCACAGGCUGCCUGGCUGCGAAAUGCUUCUAUUCAAGACAAUAUCCUGUUCGGUCUGCCACUUGACGAAGAGCGAUAUCAUAAGACAUUAGAGAUUUGUGCACUCAUAAGCGAUCUGAAGAUCCUUGAGGACGGAGACCAAUCCGAAAUUGGGGAGCGUGGUGUAAACUUGUCAGGCGGACAAAAAGCUCGAGUUUCAUUGGCUCGUGCUGUUUACUCCCGAGCAUCCGUACUGUUACUCGACGACGUUCUGUCUGCUGUUGACGCUCAUACCGCUCAUCACAUCUACUCCAAGUGCAUUAAAGGAGAGCUGAUGCAUGGGCGAACGGUGAUCCUUGUGUCACACCAUGUCCAACUUUGCUUGAGCGGUGCUGCAUAUGUUGUCGCUCUUGAUAACGGCCAACUUCUAUUCGCUGGUGAACGUGAAGCCUUUGAAGCUUCUCCUGUGAAAGGGACAUUGGUGCAGACCAUGGGUGGCGCUGGCAAGAAGCAGGGCGCAGCAAGUACUUCGAAGAAUCCAUCGGUGCCUGCCAGCCAUUCUCCCGUUUCCACGCUCGUGCAAGAUGAUGUGGAACCUGACCCAAUAUCUGAGACGAGCUCCACCGUGAUCAAUGAGCCGCAAGUAAAUCUGGAGCGGAAAGCACCUAGGAAAGUUGUGGAAGACGAGAAACGCGCUGUGGGGCGCGUUAGUCGUGAUGUCUGGAAGCUCUAUGUGAAGUCGUGCGGCGCCUACGGGUACUGGGUAUGGUUCUUGUCCAUUCUCGUGUUGGGUGCUCUCUGUCCUGUUGCAGAGAACUGGUGGCUUAAGACAUGGUCGGGAUCGAGCACAGAAGAGGCCGACGCUAAGGGACCGGUGUAUUACAUUGUUAUUUAUGCUGCAGUCACUCUCACAGGUGUUUUGAUUUCGACUUACAGAUACUUCGUACUGUAUAACGGCUCCAUCCAUGCGUCGACCGUUUUAUACCAACAACUUCUGGAGACUGUGUUGUUUGCGCAAAUUCGUUUCCAUGAUACUGUGUCGCGGGGGAGACUCCUGAAUCGAUUCGGGAAAGACUUCGAAGGCGUUGACAGUCGACUCGCGGAUCACUUUGGUCGAAGUCUCAUCUUUGCAUUUUCUUUCGUCGUCACGAUUGUGUCUGUUACUUUUGCAGGCGGAGUUCCAUUCCUCAUUGCUAUCAUUAUCUUGGGCUUCAUUUACUAUGAUGUUUCAAAGGACUACGGACAAGCUGCUAGAGAUAUGCGGCGCCUGGACUCCGUGGCACGGUCUCCCCUUUAUUCGAUCUAUGGUGAAACCAUUGCCGGAGCGCCCAUCCUUCGAGCUUUCGGUGCUUCAUCAAAGUUCAUGCGAGACAUGCUUCGCUACGUCGAUACGAAUAUAAACCCGAACUAUUGGCAAUGGGCUGUCAAUCGCUGGCUCUCCGCCCGGUUUGACCUUUUGUCCGCUGUGACCAUUGGUGUAACAGGUUUUAUCGCCGUUUCCACUCCGACCAUCUCAGCUGCGCUCGCUGGAUUCGCUCUUUCAUUUGCUGGAGGCAUGACGUUCACAUUGUUAUUCCUAGUGCGACGGUUCGUCGGCCUUGAACAAUCUAUGGCUAUGUUACUGAUGGACCUCCAACAGGUCGCCCUGGAGCGUAUCAAGGAGUAUUCAGAGCUUCAGCGCGAGCCUCCUGAAUAUAUCGAGCCGCGUCCGCCAGCUUCCUGGCCAGACCGAGGUACCAUCAAGUGCGAAAAUUUGAUCAUUCGUUAUGCGCCCGAGUUGCCCGAUGUUCUUCACAACUUGAACUUCGAGGUCCACCCUGGGGAGAAGGUCGGCAUCCUAGGCCGCACAGGUUCCGGAAAGAGCACCCUUGCACUCUCGUUCUUCCGCUUCGUGGAGGCAACAGAGGGUUGCAUCACCAUCGACGGUCUGGACAUCUCCAAAAUGGGACUUUCGGACCUUCGUAGCAAGCUUACUAUCAUUCCUCAGGACCCUACCAUCCUUAGCGGUACUUUGCGAUCCACGCUGGAUGUAUUCGACGAGUAUGGAGACGCAGAAAUUUUCGAGGCUCUUCGACGUGUUCAUUUGAUUCCGUCUGAUGCCGCUGAUGUUGUCGAAAUUGACGGUGUCGCGGUCAAUGUUAAUGUUUUCCGAAACCUAGAGUCACCAGUAUCGGAAGGAGGGGAAAACUUCUCUACGGGCGAGAAACAGCUUCUAUGCAUGGCUCGAGCAAUCCUGAAACGCUCGAAAGUUUUGGUCAUGGACGAGGCAACAGCAAGCGUUGACUACGCGACUGACGAGCUCAUUGGAAAGACGAUCAGAGAAGAAUUUGCAAACAGCACCAUUCUCACCAUUGCGCACCGACUGCGCACUGUGAUCGAUUAUGAUAGGGUGAUGCUCCUUGACCAGGGCAAAAUCGUCGAGUUUGACCGUCCCGCUGUGCUGCUUUCUGACCCCUCGUCGCAAUUCUACGGGUUGUGUGAGGCAACAGGCGAGAAUGAAUUUGCGAUGUUGAAGAAUUUGGCUGGGGUAUGA